UACAGAGCAGGUCCUGGUCGGUAGUCACUGCUGUGGUGUCUGGAGCCUCUUCUCUCUGGUAUCAGCCAUUUCUCCAGAAUCCCCCUUUAUCCCCGGUGCUGGGGGCUCUGAGAAGCGGGGUCUCUCCAGGAGCAGUAAGUGCGGUUCUGGAUCUCACUAAUGCUCUUGUCCCUGGAGGAUUUCCAGCCUCUCCUCAUAAAGGUGCCUGCAGUACUAGAAGCCUCCAGCUCCUCCAGUUCUCUCCUCUUCUCCUGAAUGACCACCAAGGAUGGACAGGAAGGAGAUCAGCAGAAGAAUAUUAGACCUCACCUUGGAGAUCAUCUCCCUGCUGAGCGGAGAGGAUUACACCAUAGUGAAGAAGACAUCGGGCGGGACUCCCAUCAUUGAAGAGUCAGGAGGGUGGAGCAGGACCCCCAUCACAGAGCCUCCCCCCCUGAUACAUGAGCAGAAGAUCCUAGAACUCACCCACAAGAUGAUGGAGCUGCUGACUGGAGAGGUUCCUGUAAGGUGUCAGGAUGUGGCGGUCUAUUUCUCCAUGGAGCAGUGGGAGUAUGUAGAAGGACACCAGGAUCUGUACAAGGAGGCCAUGAUGGAGGCUCCCCGGCCUCUGACAUCACCAGAUGGAUUCAGGAGGAGAAAUCCCCCCGAGAGAUUUCCACAGAAGGUCCCAGAGAACUAUCAGAUCAUUUUACAUUUCUCCUAUUUAGGAUGAAAAUCUGAUGGAUAUUAAGGCUGAGGUUAAAGAUGAAGCAAAAGAGGAGACGGAUUUAUGGGGCGAUCAGCAGG